GCUGCACAGCGCUUCCCUCCCGCCCGGCGCUGGGCGCAGGCCGCGGCCUGGCCCGGCAGGAUGCUGAACGUCCCUGCGCAGGCCUUCCCUGCGCCCAGCUCCCAGCAGCGGGUGGCUGCGAGCGGCCGUGCCAAGGUACCUCUGAAACCAGGAAGGAGUCUUAUGGAUUGGAUUCGACUAACUAAAAGUGGGAAGGACUUGACUGGUUUGAAAGGGAGGCUCAUUGAAGUGACAGAAGAUGAGCUUGCUAAACACAACAGAAAGGAGGACUGCUGGAUAUGCAUAAGAGGGUUUGUGUACAAUGUCACCCCCUACAUGGAGUAUCAUCCUGGUGGCGAGGAGGAGCUGAUGAAAGCAGCAGGAGCUGAUGGGACAGAUCUCUUUGAUCAGGUUCAUCGUUGGGUCAACUAUGAAUCAAUGCUGAAGCAAUGUCUUGUUGGGAGAAUGGCUGUCAAGCCUGCUGCUGCUCCAAAAGAGAUUUCUUCUGCUCUCUCUGAAGAGAAGAAACAACUUAAUGGUUUGCUCCCUGAGAAGGUGGCAGUGGCUGCUUCUGCUAAAGAUUUAACUCCAAGCUACGACUGGUUCCAGACAGAGGCCUCGGUCACUGUCGUCAUAUAUGCUAAGAAGAAGGAUUUGAAUGCAGAGUCAGUGAUUGUUGACUGUCAAGACAAACGGUUCAGGGCAGAGCUGCUCGUGGAGGACCUCUCCUACCUCCUACAGCUUGACUUGAUGCAUGCAGUCCAAGAAGAUGUGGCUGUAAAUAUUGCUGGAAAAGUUGGGAAAGUGGAGAUUGCCCUAAAGAAAAAGGGUAACAUUCACUGGAACGUUCUGGGCCAUCCCUUGGAGAGUCAUAACACAGUGAUCAGGUGCACAGACAGAGGACUCUUCUACAGAAGAUGCAAGUUGGUUUCUAAGGCAGAAGUUACCCACGACACCAGGCUCUUGUGCUUGAUGUUGCCUAAGAGCACACAUCUGCAGGUUCCCACUGGACACCAUGUUUACCUCAAACAGCUCAUUGCAGGAACUGAGGUGGUAAAACCAUACACACCUGUACUGCCCUCUCUGCCACUGGAUUCCAAAGAGCCAGCUCAGCAGGACGGUGCAUGUUUGUAUUUAAUGGUUAAAAUGUAUUCCUCUGGACUGUUCACACAGGCCCUUGACCACCUGCAGAUUGGAGAUUCUAUUUCUGUCAGCAAUCCUGAAGGUAACUUCAAGAAGUCACAGGUUCAGACCUCAGAAGAUCUCUUUUUGUUGGCAGCAGGCACAGGGUUCACACCAAUGGUCAAGCUGCUGAGUUUUACUCUGGCUGAAGUGAGCUGCCUUCGGGCAGUGAAGCUGAUCUUCUUCAACAAAACAGAAGAUGACAUACUUUGGAGAGACCAACUAGAACAAUUAGCUCUUAAAGAUGAAAGGUUUGAAGUAGAAUUUGUCCUUUCACAACCUACGAAGGACUGGGUGGGUAAACAGGGGAAGAUUUCCUCAGCUCUUCUCUCUGAGUUUGUGAAAAGAAGCAGGAAAGAUUCCAAAGUGCUUAUCUGCAUCUGUGGCCCAGCACCAUUUACAGAACAAGGAGUGCAAUACCUGAAGGACCUUGGCUACUCCCAGGAAGAGAUCUACACUUUCACUGCAUAAAGCCCUGAGAGAAUAUCAAUGUUUGGAUAAACCAACCUUAUUUAUUUGACACCCAUGAACUUAAACUAAGUGAGAAGCAACUUUUGUAAGACUUGAAAUUUCACUCUUGGUACCAAAACUCUUUCUCAGAAGAAAUCUUUGAAACAAAAAACAA